UAUACAGCUCUCAUGCAGUCGGCUGAUGGACGCGUUCCAGACGUGAACCCACACAAGGGAAUACACUGUUGCACUGGAUGUCUCCCGGUAGCCUCCCCCUGCAGGGCGGCGGAACCGGCAUAACACAAUCACUGUAUGUUCGCCGUCUGAGCCGCUGAGCUGGGAAACACGAGACGAGUCGUGUAUUCAUGUUCCCGGGCGCGCCUGAAUAAAGCACAGAGGCGAAAGCGGUUCGUGUGGUUUGCGCACAGGAUCUUAGAGCGGAGAACAUGUGAGAGGGGAAUGGGAAACUGGAAACUGGAUUACAUUUUACAGAAAGACGCAGAAGGGGUUACGUUCAGGAUUUUGACAAGGCGCAGCGGCUCCGUUGAGUAGGGCAUCCCCUCGGAGGCCAGGGCGCGUUCAGCGGACACUGGGGGAAAGAAGGACUAAUAUACCAAAGAUGAACACAAUUGUGUUUAAUAAGUUAAGCAGCCAGGUUUUAUUCGAGGAGAAGGCGAAUGAGGUGGAAAGAAGCAGUCGAAAUUAUUUAGAGGUGAUAGAUGGACAGCAUCCGGACCUUCUCGCCAGCAGCCCAGUCAUCAAAGACAGCUCAGCCAUCCGGCACAGGAGACCCGGGUCUCGUCAGAACCCAGGAAAGGUACGGCAUAAACGGCAAGCUCUGCAAGACAUGGCCAGGCCUUUGAAACAGUGGCUCUACAAACACCGGGACAAUCCGUACCCCACUAAAACAGAGAAAAUCCUUCUUGCGCUUGGCUCACAAAUGACACUUGUGCAGGUGUCUAACUGGUUUGCCAAUGCUCGACGGCGGCUGAAGAACACAGUUCGGCAGCCUGAUUUGAGUUGGGCCCUUAGGAUCAAACUCUACAACAAAUAUGUCCAGGGCAAUGCAGAAAGACUUAGCGUCAGCAGCGAUGACUCCUGCUCUGAUGAUGGCGACCCAGCAGCACGGGCCCAGGUCGGGGAGUUCAGCAAGCCAAUGUACCAGAGCGUCAUCAAGAAGGAAGGUGGCGCUGUGGGUGCGGGUCUUCGAGCCGCUGCAGACGCCUCAUUGGCUGAUGACUACGUGUCGCCACCUAAAUACAAGAGCAGUCUGUUGCACCGUUACCUUAACGAUUCGCUCCGCCACGUAAUGGUGGCAAACGGUGUAAUGGACGCAAGGAGGAGGAACCACUCAGGCUCUUUCAGCUCUAAUGAGUAUGAUGAAGACCUGCUGUCACCGUCUUCUUCUGAAACAGAAGCCAACUUUAUCUACAGAACUGAGACUUUGGAGCACGGAUCAAAUAAAUCUGACAGCAUGCAGAAGGAGAAGGGACAGAGGAAAGACGAGACAUACUGGAGGGAGAUCAACGCAGCCAUGGCCCUCACUAACCUGGCUCAACCCAAGGACAUGGCCACCGCUGCCACCACCAGCUGCAUCAUCCAGAAAUCCUCACACAUAGCUGAAAUCAAGACUGUUAAAGUGCCUAUCCUGCACAAAUACUAAUGCGCAGAAGAUCCCGCUCUUCUCCUUUUGGAAUUCAGCUGUUUUGAAUAUUGUUUAUUACUUUGUGGUACUGAUAAUGAAAGAUUUUUUUGGUUCCUUUGUUUUUAUUGUUAUUAUGAGUACGAUGAAGUGCCCUGAAAUGCAGCACUUGUUUAGUACACCGAUUUGUGCAUUUCAUUUGGGUUGCACAAGUUUUUUUUUUAUAAGUGUUGAUGAAUUAUCAGUAACGACAGUAUUUCUGAACGAGACACUUUUGCAAUGUUAACUUAUUUUGAUAUUAAUCAGAAAUUUGUAUUGUAUUGCACCAAAGUGCCUUCAUGCAUCUCAAAGGAGAGAUUAGUGAGAAUGUACAGUUCCUGUCCUCUCUGAAUGAAAUAAAAGGGUUGAAACGACAGGAGGAGUGUGUAGCGCACUCUUCUCGCAGCCUACAGGAGCCGAUGACCUUAAAAUGAAAUCAGCGCAAGUCACAAAGACAUGCACGUGAACCUAAGGCCAUUUCUGCAUGUUUUGUCUUAAAAUCUCAUGUGGCUGUGACUACGACAUUGUUUUGUCUCUAAAAUGGAAAACUUCAACUGUCACCUGCCAACAAUAGCCUUGAGCAGAGAGAUAAGUUCAGUCAGCCAGCAUCAAAUUCCUGGCCUUCCUUCCCAGCUAACAAGCAACGUUCUCCAAACUUUGGCAACAAACAUUCUUACGGUAAUGUUGAAAGCACAUUUGUUCAUUUAUGUUGUCUUUAAUAACAUUAGUACAAAAACGUUAUCAUUCAUGGAAUGUUUCAUUUCUAAAAAGUUCUAGUUGCUAUUCGCUGCAAAACGUUCAGAGUACAUUUCUAUAAUAUUUGGAUGUUUUGAAUGUUCAGAGAAAUGUAAUGAAACGUUCUUAGAACAUGUUUUUGUUAGGUGGGUUAGUCUCUGCUUCCGCUCAUACACUCUCAGUUAUGCACAUCAUCUCAGACAAACAAUGAGAAAGAGAGAGACAGACUUCAAGGUUUGGUCUGUAUCUGUUUGAGAUGAGGACUGUGACCCAAAGGGAUAUUUAUGAAUCCAUUAUCAGUGCUAAACCUAUGGUGUUGCCUUCUCGUGUUUCUACUCUGAACAAGGUUCUUCGGUGGAGGCAGUAAAUGAUUUGGCCAGUCAUGUUUAAUCCCCUUUUCUCUCUCAGAUGGUUAGAAUUACUCUCAAAUUGCUGUUUACAAGUAGUACGAGAGACACUUUCAUGUAAAAAAAAAACACAAACCAUAGCAGUAUUACCACAUCUCUGAUUCAGUGAACUUUCAAACCUUUUUUGCAAUCUCCUUUUGUUUGUUCUGCGGUUUUAGCUCUUUUAGUUUGUUUUUGCCUUUGGUUCAACCAAGCUGUGUUAGUCUUGUAUUGACUGAAUGGAAAGAAAUCGUUUAAUGCAAAUGUUAUUUACAUUAGAGUUAUGGACACCAUGUAUGUAAUUUAGAGAAUUAAAAGCCACUUUUGAAGUGAGCGAGGUAACUAUCUUAUGUUGGUUAUCCUUUUUUUUUUUGUGGUGAGAAGGCCAAAGAGACUUGUUCAAAAAGUUGCAUGCACUUAUCUGACUACACCCUCCUGCCUUUUUUUCGAUAUUAAAAAUAAUACUCUCAAACAUCCACUGAGACUAUAAUUCAUAGGCAAUAUGUCCCUGUUUUCCUGCUCAGCAGAGUAGUGUAGCACAUUUUUAGAAAAUGUCCAAACAAAACUGGGAAAAUGUAUGAUCUGAUCUGCUUUUGAAAUCAAAUUUUCCUCCCCUUUUUUUCAAAUCACGUGUGAAUCUCUUUUGGGCUUUGCAGAGAACAAAGAGAAGAGAAAGCAUCAAUCUGAGUUUUACUAAUUCUGUUUUUGUAUUUUUUAUUCCCUUGCACACUAAAGGAACCUGACAGACAAACAGCUAUUUUGUGCACACUUUAGAACAUUUCAAAUGAUUAAAGACUGUAAAAACAAA